AUGGAAGAAGCAGGAGCAUUUCCAACGCCAGAGGCUGACAUCCAGGCCGAAGAGAGCACCAAACUAGAACCACAAGAAUAUAUCAAACCACGCACUUGCGCCGAAAUACGCUCGCACAUCGAAUGGGUAAUCCACUCCGUCACACAAUCCGUCAACGACCGCACCUUCGACGCCGCGCCUGGAUGGAAAUAUAUCGCGGACGACUUCAUCGUGGCGGGCUCCUCACAGCCUCGUCUGCCCUCCAACACCAAAGCAGACCUCGCCGAAGGCUUCAGGAGCACCGCCGCCGAGAAUCCCGAUUUCCAGCUGGGCGUACCGGUCGUUGAGACGGAGAUCGAUUUGUCCUCCGGAGUGGCGCGAGCGUUUGCGAAUUCGCAAGGGACGGCGGGGUCUGUGACGAGGAAGCAUACGGUUGUUUUUACGUUUGUGAGGGAUAAGGCUGGGCGAUGGAUGGCGAGGAAUGAGACGACGGUUUUUGGCGUCCUCUGA